AUGGACAGGAUCUUACAAAGAUCUGGCUUAGGAGAUAAAACGUACAUUUCUAAAGGAUUGUUAACGGAGCCUCCGGAUAUGAGCAGGGAAGUUGCUCAAGAAGAAGUGGAGAUGGGGAUUUUCGGAACCAUAGAUGAGCUUCUUCUGAAAACUAGAGUUAAAUGUGAGGAAAUAGGUAUAUUGGUUUGUGUGUCUGGUGUCUUCAAUAUUAUGCCAUCAUUGUCCAGUGUAAUAGUGAAGCGUUACAGGCUCAGAGAUGAUAUCCGCAGCUAUAAUAUUACAGGAAUGGGGUGCAGCGCUGGUCUUGUCGCCUUAGGACUUGUCCAAAAUCUGUUCAAGGUGCAUGAUAAUUCUUGUGCACUAGUAGUCACCACCGACAGCACUACAGGAAGCGUAUACGAGGGCAAUGAUCGGUCAAAAUUGCUAAGUAAUUGCAUAUUCCGUGUCGGUGGGGUCGCUCUCCUCCUUUCCAACAAACCGUCCGAUCAAACCACCUCCAAGUAUGAGCUCAUCCGCACCGUCCGUUCUCAAACCGCAGACAAUGAUCGAUCCUACAACUGCAUUUUCAUGGAAGAAGAUAAGGAAGGAUAUCGAGGAAUCACAAUUAACAAGGAUCUUUUAUACGCCGCAAUAAAAACCAUUCGAUCAAACAUAUCCACUGUAGCUCCCCUAGUCCUUCCUCUAUCUGAAAAAUUCCGUUACUUGAUGAACAUUACAGUGCGACGCAUCCGCACGGGAAGUAAAGUGGAGCCUUAUAAUCCUGAUUUCUCCAAAUCCAUUAAUCAUUUCUUCCCACACGUCGGCGGAAAACCUGUACUGGAUGACUUGCAGAGGAAAUUGGGAUUUAGCGAUGAACAAAUGGAAGCUUCUAGAAUGACAUUGUACAGGUUUGGUAACAGUUCCAGCAGUUCGAUCUGGUACGAAGUGGCUUAUGCGGAGGCGAAAGGUAGGGUUAAAAAGGGAGACGCAUUGUGGCAGAUUGCAUUCGGGUCGGGUUUCAAGUGUAGCAGUGUGAUUUGGAGGGCGACCCGAUCCAUUGACCGCAAUGAGAUGAAUCCAUGGCGCGAUGAAAUUGAUGAGUUUCCCGUGGAUGUUAGCGAGAUCGAAGCGUUCCCGGACCUAUUCGUUGCUUCCAAAUAG